AUGGGUUGGUUUGACGCACGCUCUUCCGCUGCCUCUUCUCACUCUGCGCGUAAACGCUCUCCCUCCCGCCGAUCUACUUAUUCCACUCAUCAUUCCCGACACUCUACCCCUUCAGUCUUCAGUUUCAACAGUGGAGGCAGUCGCGCCGGGCGAUCUAGUCCAUCGGCCUAUUCAUCCUCGUCACGUCGAGCACGGCCGCGGUCUGGCUUCGUCCAAAAAGUAGUUCAUAUCAUCAAACGUCUGCUACGCGACAUCUACAAGUACGCCAGGGAACACCCUAUCAAGGUGUUGCUUCUGGUUCUCAUCCCACUUCUUACAAGCGGAGUUUUGCAGAAAUUGUUCGCCAUGAUUGGGAUCCGUCUGCCCAAGAACAUCUUUGGCGGCCAAGGCGGACAGUCCCGAGAGGGGGGCAAGGAUGGCAUCAUGGAGAACUUGAGCUCGUUGAUGAGCAUUGCGAAGAUGGUUAUGUAA